CCACUGCCUCAAGGCUUAGCUUUUGCAAGGUGUGCGCGUGAACGUUGGAACCUUCAUCAAUCCCGCAAGUGGCAUCCUUUUUGUUUUGUCAGUCCAAGAUAACCGCUCAGUUGCAUCUCGCCAUCUGAAAUACUGCUGUCCACCUUGCGUCAUGAUUCUGGGAGACUUUUCUGCUUGUAUAAUCGUUGAUGGCCAGGAGCUCCCAGAGUAUGAUGUCGUCGUUUCCAGCACACCAACGGAGAACAGAAUUACGUGCUGGAUCGCGUCAGAAGAAGGGAAGAAAUUUGGAGUCAGGAUAAAGGUUUUGGCUAUGCAAUCUUCGAGUGUCUGUUCAACUGUCUCCGUUGACGGUGUGCAAUGUCGUAAUCGCAUUCUGGCCCUGGGUUGGGUCGAUAUGAUGGAAUACACGUGUCUGAGCGACAACUACGUCAGCAGAGAUUUCAUGUUCUCCCACAUCGAGCUUACUGAUGACGACUCAAUGCUUGACGAUCAAACUGCGAAUGACAUAGGACAAAUUGUCUCAAAGUUCAGGCUGGGGAAUCACAGAGUCACCAAAGACGUAGUGAAACUUCGGAUGGGGAGUGAUCACACCCUUCGUGUGCGAGGAGGCAAGGUGCAUGAACGCUCCAAGAAGGCAUGCUCUCAUCGUGUUGCUUUCGGAGAAGAAGUACUCGUUCAACGGCGACCUGUGCCAUCCUGCAAGUUUGUACCUGAUAACAGUCCUUCGACUGUCUUCGCGUUCAAGUACACACGCCUGGACAUCCUACAGGCAAUGGGCGUGGCACCACCGACGUCAAAUAUACAAAUCGCAGCAAAGACAGAGCAUAGCGAUGAAACUGAGGUAAUGAAUGGGCCUAGUGAGUCUUCGCCCUCAAAUGAUGUCAAACCGCUGGCAAGGAUUCGAGAGCUAGAGGUGACUUCUCGCUUUGGUGGUGUCUUUCCCUCCUGCUCAUUCUUUUCUUGCAGAUGGAGCUCCAGCGCUUACGUGAACAAAUAGAGGAUCGAAAGCCCUUUCGUGUCAAGUUGGAAUACGGGGGAUCGCAACGGCAACACGCCCCUAUGGAGGUCAUUGAUUUAACGGAGGAUUAGCUUCUCCAUCCAUCCUUGCUUGGGUUCAGGCUUCUAUGCCACCACUCCGAG